GGGGGAGUGGGGAGUUGAUAGACAGGUCGAAUGGCUGUGUAAAUUCGCCGAGUAGCUUGAGAGUGUGACCUCCGAUCCGAGAAGGUUACUCCAACUACUCCAACCGUGCCGUUACUAUUGGAUGCGCAUUUGAUCACGCCUGCCUGGGCAUACUCUAGGAACAGCACAAGGUAUCUCACAUCUCGACCGUAGUAUAUCGCGCCCAUUUGCCGACGCGUUUUCACAGAAAGAGUUUUCCACAAUGCCAGCUAUCAAACAUGCCGUAAAGAUCAAUGUAGAUCUAGGAGAAGGCUACGGAAACUUCAAAUGUGGUCCAGACGAUGAGUUGAUUCCACUCAUUGACCACGCGAACAUAGCAUGUGGUUUCCACGCCGGGGAUCCAUUGAUCAUGCAUCAAACGGUGCUCGCAUGCAAAAAGCACAACAUAGCCAUCGGCGCCCAUCCUGGCCUGCCCGAUAUUCAAGGGUUUGGUCGACGAGAGAUCAAGAUGUCGCCUGAAGAACUGACAGCGGCUAUUCGCUAUCAAGUCGGCGCCCUGAAAGCAUUCUUAGAUGCAGAAGACGUACCACUACACCACGUGAAACCACACGGCGUGUUGUACGGGAUGAUGUAUCGGGAUAAAGAGGUGUGUCGAGCAGUUUAUGCCGGAGUACCCAAAGGGACAACUGUGUUUGGUCUUGCGGGUACCUUGCAUGAGGAGGUCGCGAAGGAGCUUGGAUUGCCGUUCGUCGCCGAGUUGUAUGGAGAUGUCAAGUAUAGCAAAGAUGGAACGUUGGUCAUUGAUCGGAAGAAGAAGCCGUGGCAUCCAGACGAGACGAGGAAACACGUUCAAGGUCAAGUCGAGAAUGCGACUGUUACCGCCGUUACGGGUGAGGAGGUGAAACUCCCCAUAGGCGACCACGAGGUCUCGUUGUGUUGUCAUUCUGAUUCACCUGGAGCUGUGGAGAUUGUGAAGGCGGCGAGGGAGAUUGUUGAUCAAUUCAACAACAAGCACUUUGGGAAGUCUUGAAGAAGUCUCGUAUGGAAAAUGUCUCUCCAAUUUACGAAUGUCAUAUGAGAGCUACAAAAGGUUUUUGCUUCAACAUGAGUAGUCAUAGUAGAAUACCGAUAAGAGCAUCGCCAUACAACUCGAACAUUAAGUAGAUCUCGAACUUAACUAACACG